GCCUGAGGACCUUAAAGCCUGGGGACUCCUCGUUAGAAGCACAGAGUGAUACAGAGAGAGCGGAGAGCAGGGUGACAGUUUCACAGGAGAACUUAUAAGCUGUGUGUGCUCACCCUUCCUUGACUUGUCAAUUGAGGCUGCAUACACACACACACAGACACAAAUACACACACUGCUACACGUGCACGCACACACUGACCGAGAGGUGCAUCUGUGUGCUUGUAAGGCUGACUCUCCAGCAGCGGAGCAGGAAUUAAAACUUUUUGGAUUACAACGGGUGCACUUGAUUUACUUUUUGGACAUCUUGGAUACAAUCUACCUGAGUUGCUGAUCUGAGCUCAGAAAAAAAAGGUAUGGCAGAGGGACAAAAGAGCUCCAGGUGGGCAUUAACCCAGCGCUCCUUCCACAUGCCACUGGGCCUGUGGCUCCUUUCGCUCCUCCACCUGUUCCUUGGCGUGUCGGCCGCAGACGAGUACGACUACUACAGCUGGCAGUCGGACAACUUCCACAACGGCCGCUUCUACACCAAACAGCCCCAGUGCGUGGACAUUCCGGCCGACCUGCGGCUGUGCCACAACGUAGGGUACAAGAAGAUGAGGCUGCCCAACCUGUUGGACCACGAGACCAUGCCUGAGGUGAAGCAGCAGGCGGGCAGCUGGGUGCCACUGCUGGCCAAGCGUUGCCACGCCGACACCCAGGUCUUCCUGUGCUCGCUGUUUGCCCCCGUGUGCCUGGACCGGCCCAUCUACCCCUGCCGAUCGCUGUGCGAGGCCGUUAGGGACAGCUGCGCACCCGUCAUGGAGACCUACGGAUUCCCCUGGCCGGAGAUGCUGACGUGCGAUAAGUUCCCCAUUGACAACGAUUUGUGCAUCCCCAUGCAGUUCACCGCCAACCAUGCCACCCAGCCGCCAGUGUCCAAAGUGUGUCCCCCGUGUGACAACGAGCUGAAAGCAGACAACAUCAUGGAGCACUAUUGUGCCAGCGACUUUGUCCUUAAGAUGAAAAUCAAGGAGGUGAAAAAGGAGAAAGGCGACAAGAAGCUGAUCGCGGCCCAGAAGAAGAAGAAAGUGCUGAAACAGGGCGCGUUACGGAAAAAGGACCUGAAGAAGCUGGUUUUGUACGUCAAGAAUGGGGCCAACUGCCCGUGCUCGCAGCUCGACACCCUGGGCUCCAACUUCCUCAUCAUGGGCCGCAAAGUGGACCAGCAACUGCUGCUCAUGUCCAUCCACAAAUGGGACAAGAAGAGCAAAGAGCUCAAGUUUGCCAUCAAGUACAUGAAGUCCCAUCAGUGUCCAACCUACCACACUGUCUUCCAGUGAUGCAAAUCGCUGUCCCGCCUGCAGAAUCCAUCACGACUGCACAUGCUCAUGAUUUACUUUUCCAUAAACCACCCUUGAUUCCACAAUCCCCCAAAUCGGAGUCCAAAGACACAUUUAAGAUUAAAUGGGAAUGGGGUUACUUGUGUGUGUGCGUGUGUGUGUGUGCGUGUGCGUGUUUGUGUAUUUGUGUGUGUGUGUAUCAAGCAAUAUAGGAGGCUGUUCUCGUGACAAUUUAUUAGGAUUUUGCACAAAAAGUGAUGCACUGUAAUUGGUGGAAGACCGAUGUAAUUUAGAUUUCAUUUUUAUAUUCAGGCAUUUUGUAUGAACAGACCAAGACCGAAACUCUCUAAAAAAGGGCGCGUAUGUUUCAACAUAGUUCACAACUCAAAAGCUAACGUCAACCGCAACUUUUGAAAACUAACCUGACCAGAACCUCACUAAUCGCAACCUCCAUCCAAACGCUGACCCGAAACCCAAUCACAAAACCGGAACCCAAAAUCAAUCCUCUGAAACCUCACCCUACCUUACUCAAUUUUCGUAUGCUAGCGUAGCCUCUAGGACACAGGUGUCAAACUCAAGGCCCAGGGGCCAGAUGUGGCCCGCCACAUCAUUUUAAGUGGCCCGCAAAAGCAAAUCAAAGUUGACAACUUCCAUGAAACUUGCUAAAAAAAACUUGUGCACCAAAAUUUCAAAUGUUAACAUGUAAUACAUCAGUGACGUAUUGUAAGCAUUUUCUUGUUACAAAACCACUCAUUUCAGUUACUGAAGCAAUAGUUGAAUAAAACGUUAUUCUUGACUUCUUUAUAUAGUUUCAGUCAUCACGGCCCUCCAAGGGAAACAGUAACAAAAUGAGUUUGACACCCCUGCUCUAGGACUUAGCUUAACCCAAAAACUAGCCCUGACCAUUGACGCUAGCCAUAGCCGCUAAUCCGAGUCUCGCUGGGCAUCACGGGUUGGAUGAAAUGUCGUCACUUUCUUCUUGAAAGUAUUAAGCGGAACGGCAAUAACCCCGACACAUAGGUGUGACACUUGAACAAAUAAGCAUCUUUGACUUUAGAUCGCAGGCGAUUAACUUGUCAUACAGUUCAACUCAGCGGUAUCUCUUAUUGUAGUAAACAUCUUUCACCAGACAUAGUGGAGGGGUUUGGUGCCAGAACUUUUUAAUGUGGUGCAUUGCUGCAGGGGUCUUCAUUGACUGAAGUGUUUCUUUUUUUUGUUUGUUUUUUGUGCUCCUUCCUACUAAAUCAUCAUGAGAACAUGUCAAGUUGUGUCAAUCACUUGUACAAUAUCUGACAGCAUCUUAUACAAUUAGACAUUAGAAAUGGAAAUAGGAGCCGAGAUAUUCAGAAUACUAGCUGGUAUCAUGUUUGAUUAUGUAAUGCCUAUUGAGAGAAUGAGGGAGUUUUUUUUUUCUAAUUGCAGAGGAGUGAUUUGCUAAAUGUGGACUGUGCUGCACAAAGCUAGCGGGAAGAAGGAGCACAGGCAGCCCACAUAGAUGAUUUGAAUUAUGCGCAAAUUAGGUAAUUCCCAUGCAUAGAUGAUUAGGAAAGCAUUUUUCACCACUAGGGAUAAAGACGAGGGAUGGAGUAAGGUAGCGCCGGGAGACAGAUUAACUGGAGAAUGCUGCCAUCGACGGUUAUGUGGCCUGAAAGAUGAAAACAUCAAUCGUUUUGAAAUGGAAGAAUGAAAAGAAAGUUGCUUAGUUGAAGCCAUGUAAAGAGACUCUGGACAGAGCCACCUGUGUCAUCUGUACUCAUUGUUCUUUUUUUCAUUUUGUUUCCUUAAAUGUUUCUUUUUAUUUUAUUUUUUGGUACUUCGGUGUUUCAUUUUCCUGUGGUAUGAUAGCAAAAUUCACAUUUAUACACAUAAAACAAACAUAGUGCCUAAAUUUACUGUUCUUGUCGCAAUAAAAGAUUAAAUUUAACCAUGGCAAUAUUUGUAAUCAGUUAGCCUGUCAGUAGUUCUGUUACUGAAAUACACCUUUGUUUUGUAAAAUGUAAAUGAAUAAAGUAUAUUUGAAAUUGUGUAAAGAG